AAGAUGAAGCCUCCUUCCCCUGUUGCUGCACUUGUAUUAAGGAUCCUGACCCUAAUUUCCAUUUCGAUAUCAUUCAUCGUCCUCAUCACCAACACCACCACCUUAUCUUCCGAUUACGGUAAAGUGAAGCUCCACUUUAAAGAUGUCUACUCCUACAGGUACAUGGUUUUUACGCUUGUGGUGGGAUUUGCAUAUACCCUUUUGCAAAUUGCUUUCACAAUCUAUCAGGUGUGCAUGGGAAAACGCUUAAGCAGUGGUGAUGGACUCUAUCAAUUCGACUUCUACGGCGAUAAGGUGAUAUCCUAUGUACUAGCCACAGGGGUUGGUGCAGCAUUUGGUGCUACCAUAGAUCUGAAGGAAGCAUCCUCGGGUGCUAACAAAUUUUUCAAUAAGGGAAGUGCAGCUGCCAGCCUCCUUCUCCUUGCCUUCUUGUUCACUGCAGUAUCAUCAGUUUUCUCAUCCUUAGCACUGCCUAAGAAAAUUUAACUGUUAUAGAAAAAGAUUGUGGAUCUCAAAUGAGGAUUUAGAGUCAAUUAAUACCAUGUAAUCACAACUUUUGUGAUGUAAUUGGAGGCAUGUCCUUUUUUUUUUAUAAGAAUUUUGGACAAGUUUUG